AGACGGCAAGCAACCAAAUAGAAUAGCAAAGCAAAGCAAAUGAAUGAAUAUUACUGUGUAGAUUGCGUGGUUGUUUGUAUUUUGCAAAGUAGAAGCAUUUGAUACUGAAGAUUUCAAGUGAUUGAAGUCUUCUAUAAUGUCUUCAGAUAAAGUGGAUAAGAAGACUGUAGAGGAGGAUACCAAGGACACAGGUACAUCCGAAGAGGAGACUGAAGAAAAGACCAACAGUAAACCUGCCACUAAGAAGAAAGCAGAACCUCCAAAAAUAAAACAACCUGCUAAAAAGCGAGUGAAGACGGAACAAGCUGAAAAAGAAAGCAAAAAAGAAGAUAAAAAGAAAGAGAAAAAAGAGGAAAUGAAGGAAGACGAGGAAGAAGAUGAAGACUCCGCUGAAGAGAAUGGAGUUGAAAAUCACAAAGCCGUGCCAUUGUUGGAUCAACCCCUUGAGGUGACCGGUAGUCGCAAACGGAAAGAGACCCAAAGGUUUCAUCAGCCAAUAGAACAUAAAGAAGAACAAAAAGCAGUUCAAAUACCUGAAGGCAAAGGAAAAGCUCUUGGUGAAAUUCCUAGAGUUGAGCUUGGUAUUCAGAGAGCUAAGGUUGACGAUCUAAAAUUGCUCCAUAGACUAUGUUUUGGAAAACAGGGAAAAGUUGCCACUCUGCAGAAGAAUAUAAGAAAAUUCAAUGGCUUUGAGUUUGAGGAAGCUUCUGAUGAUUAUGAGAAGAAAAAAGUGACCAUUGAAAAGAAUUUUAAAAAGGUUACUGUUGCACAUCUGAAAAACAUCUGUAAUAUCAUAGACAUUGACAAAGCAGGCACCAAAGAUGAUAUCUUGGCCAGGAUACUGAGUUUUCUGACAUGUCCUGUUGACUCUGGAAAGACAUUACCCGGAGAGGGGCGUACUAAAAGGAAAGGGGCUUUAUCCAAGAACUACGAUGAAGGUGAAGAAAAAUUUGACUCCAGGAAAAAGGUAUCAACCAAAUCUAAAAAGAAGGAUGAUGGUUCUGAUGAAUCCGGAAAAGAAUCGGAAGACGAAAAAGAAGGGUCUGAGGAAGAAGCUGAGGAAGUGAAGCAGAAUGACAAAAAGAAAGAUGAACCACAAACCACUGAAGAUUCAGCUCCUGAUGAAGAGGAGGAUAAGGAAGAAAAAGAUGAGAAACCAAAAAAAGGUGGUAAGAAAGGAAAAAAGGCUGCAGAAUCAACAGAUAAGAAGGCUCCACCCAAGAAGAGAGGUGCAGCUAAGAAAGCUGCAGAGAAGAAACCAGAGGUAGAGAAAGAUGGAGAUGAAGACAAUGAAAGUGAAAGUGAUGAACCGCUAGCCAAGAAAACUAAAACUCCACCCACUGAUGAGGAGAUUAAGACAUACGUCAAGAGCUUGCUGGAGGGUGCCAACCUGGAGCUUAUUACCAUGAAAAAGGUCUGUCAAGACGUAUAUGCGCAUUAUCCAGAUUUUGAUCUGGGCCACAAGAAGGACUUUAUCAAAACAACUGUCAAAUCCCUAAUCUCUUCGUGAGCGAUAUGAAGUGAUCCAACCUGUGUAAAUAGACAAAUAGCUGUAGACAGUAGAGUAUCUACUGGAUGUCAUUGUGGAACUUGAUGGUUUUUUACUAAGUGAUAAGUAAGUGAUGUAAGUGAACUAAUGAUGUGGCAAGAGCGUGCCUAUCUUUCAUGUGGGUCCUGACAAGAGUUGUAUAUAUUAUAAUAUUGUUGUGUAAGUUUGUUUAAGUUUGUUGUUCAGUUGUAUGGUUAUUUUUACUGUUAGAAUCAUACAAAUAUUGUAGAACAUUUGAAGAUAUUUUGGUGGGGGAAAAUACUCAAAUUAUAAAAUCUUUACCAUUAAAUAAUAUGCAAGUUAAAAAGCAAAAAUAUAAAAUUUUGUAUAAGAAUAGUAAAGUUCCAGAUAAUAUAUUUUAUUUUGUAUCUGACAGACAUAAAUUAAAAUCAUGAUGAGUUUGAUACCUAUAAUGAGACAGAAGUUGUGAUGUUUACGGGUCUUGGGAAGAACAACGAUGUCACCGCUCUUGCCCACUCAGGGUUCCAACCCUCACCAUUAAUUUUGCCGUAAUUCCAAGUGAAGUAAAACAUAGAUCAGUUUUAUUGUUUCUCAUAAAUUUUACCAUAUUUUGCUGUAAAACAUCAAUAGUUUAAUAAAGCAAUUUUGAAAAGAAA